GGGUUUACUUUUACAGGACUUCUAUAAUUGGCCUGAUGAGUCCUUUGAUGAGAUGGACAGUACACUUGCAGUUCAGCAGUAUAUUCAACAGAAUAUAAGGGCAGACUGCUCCAACAUUGACAAAAUUCUUGAACCGCCUGAAGGCCAAGAUGAAGGUGUGUGGAAGUAUGAACAUUUAAGGCAAUUCUGCCUUGAGCUAAAUGGACUUGCUGUCAAACUUCAGAGUGAAUGCCAUCCAGAUACGUGUACUCAAAUGACAGCAACUGAACAGUGGAUUUUCCUUUGUGCAGCUCAUAAAACUCCAAAGGAGUGUCCUGCUAUAGAUUACACAAGACACACACUGGAUGGUGCUGCGUGUCUUCUGAAUAGCAAUAAAUAUUUCCCCAGCAGGGUUAGCAUAAAAGAGUCGUCUGUAGCCAAACUAGGAUCAGUGUGCCGUAGGAUCUAUAGAAUAUUCUCACACGCCUAUUUUCACCACCGGCAGAUAUUUGAUGAAUAUGAAAAUGAAACAUUUUUAUGUCAUCGGUUUACUAAAUUUGUGAUGAAAUAUAAUUUGAUGUCGAAGGAUAACCUGAUUGUACCAAUUUUAGAAGAAGAAGUUCAGAAUUCAGUUUCUGGAGAGAGUGAAGCCUGAGAGGAAUCGUGUAGAACAGUGUACUGAUCACAUAAUUAACAAUUAUGUACUGUAUAUAUAUCAUGUUAGACACAUCAAUCAUGGAUCCAUAUUAUAGCUUUUCUGUUUAGUAGAGGUUUUUGUAUGCUAUGUGUUGCCUUUUAAAAUGGGAAAUACAUUUUAAGUUAUUCAUGAGCUGUAUAUUCACUGGUGUGGACUCAUGGUUUUUAAAUAAGUUUAGUAUUAUCUGUUUAUAAUGCCUGUUAAUAAAAAGAAUUUACAGUUUGGUAAAAGUGCUGCUAAACAAUCAUUGGAUCACAAUCCUUUCAAAUCUACAAGAGUGAGCUUGGGUUUCACACAAACCAUUUACUAAAGAGAUAAUAUUUUCUUUAGUUUUACCCCCAAAGUUUUGAUAUUUUAGAAAAUUCAGUAGUAUUCCACCUGUACUGUUAACUUUUCCAAGAUGAGAUGAAAGUGUUUAAAAAGUCUGUUUGUAGUUUUUAAUAUGCAUAACCAAUUAUGUAUAUGUUCAGAGAAAUACAAGGAGGUUAGUAAUACUUAAUAACCUCACUCUGCUACAUAAAGUAUAUUCUAGGUCAGUGUACUUGGAAACACGAUCUCUUUUGUGACUGGAUUAUUAAAUACCUGGUGAUGCUGAUAAGGCACAACCAUGAUGCUCCGUGGACACCUGCCCUUGUUUCCUUAGCCCUCUCCCCGAGCUACAGUGGUCAGGAACGCGUUUGCCAAGCUACGGUUAGUGGUGGCUUCUCCUCCUUGUAUCGCAUUAACUGCUUCCAGAGCGUACCUCAUCUAGCAGUGACGGCACACUACAGGAACUGCGCUGCACAGGCUCCUGCCUGCCUUUGCGGGGGGGAAAUUGUAGCUACUUAGAAAAUAAUCCUUACCCUAGUUUGGUUCUUUCUGUUAGUGAUACUAAUCUUUUCAUUUAACUCUAGGCAGCAUUAAAUACAUAUGGAAAAGAUAGUGUAUUUAUUUUAUAAUCUCUCCCAGAAGCGUAUUGUUUGGAUUAUAUGCACAUAUAAGAAUAUUUACAGUAACUCCAGGUUCCAGUGGUGUGGAUGAAUGGUCAUGCUUUUUUUUUUUUUUUAAUUUCUUCAGUCUUAAAAAUUUAAGUGCGAAUUUAGAACGUAUUUAGUGAAGUGCUCACUGUAACGAGGCAGUAAGCUGGGACAGGACUGUGCCUGCGGCUGGCACAGCCGAAGCCAGGCAUCGCUACCGAUCGAACAAACGCGAGGAACUUCUUUUUAUUUAAGAGUUAUUUUCAAAUGAAAUUGAAAAAUGUGUUCAUCUUGUUUUUCUGAUUAUUUGAAGAAAUGAUGUAUAUUAUGAGACAAGUGUGCACAGAGAAGUGUGGGAAAUGACAGCAGACCGAGGGUGUGUGUCUAGUGGACGCCUGUGGUCAGGUCAGCGCCACACUGCAGCCCACAGCUGUCUUCCAGGAAGUUUUGUGUUCACAGUGAAGAGAACAGUGGCUGAGAUUAGGUGUUUAUAUUACUGUUACCAUAACCACUGGGGUUAGUCAUUUUUAAAUAAGCUUGGUAAAUAUGAGUGAGCCUAACCUACGUUCAUAAAUUAUACUUAGCAAUGUUGCUGUUCUCUGGUUGGGGUCUCAGUGGGUUUCUGUCGCUUGACUGUUUCUCAGUGAACAUUUAAGGUAGUGACUGGGUUAUAGAUCUGACUGAGGAAUUGGAACAUUUUGUGAAUACAUGGCUUAGUGUUAACAGGAAAAUAAAGGAUUUUUUUUCUACUCA